AUGAAAACUACGGUGACCAACAAACAGAACGAUAGAGGAAAGGGAGGCGGGAAAGGAAAAGUAAAGGGAAAAGGCAAAAAAACCAAAACAGAUCAGAUUCUUCUGAAGAGGAGAGUGAUACCGAAUGCUUCUUCUGUACUGAAAGCUAUUCCAAAGACAGUAAAGGCAAAGGGUGGAUUAGGUGCGUUGAAACUGAUAGCAGUUGUUGAAACUACUGAUAAAUAUCCAAUUGUCACUCUAUGGUGCCCGGUAUUAUUCAAGAAAAAGAAGACUCUGACACUACCUGUCGAUAAAGAUAUUAUAACGAACAGAUAUGUGAGUGUCGAUUUCACAUUCGAUUCAAAAUCCAUUAUUUGUGUGACUGGAGAACCAGAUUGGAGUUUAUAUUGUUUCAAAUGCGACAAGGGGAGGUUAGAGAGUUUCGCCAGAGCCAAUAAUGCCAAUGGAACAGGUACCAUAUUGAAGGUGGCGUGUAACCCAAACGAUUCGAAUCAAUUAGCCGUCGUGGGCGAUUCGGUUCUGAGAUGUCUAGGAUGUCAAGAAUUCACUUGGAGGCAGUUUGGUUAUAACAAACUAGAUACGGUUAUUUACACAAGUUGUUGUUGGUUGUCUCAAGACCGACUGAUUGUGGGAAGCAGUAGAGGAAAAAUCAUGAUUCUAGAGACCGGCGAAUUGAGAGCAGUUUUCCACGCAUCUGAUUUACCUUUCAUAAACAUGAAAUUGAAGGAUGAAUUAGAAGAUUCUUCGGAAAUUAGCGUAGAGACAACCCUCUACGACACCUUUGGCAUAGGAUCAACAGAUUCAGAAAAUUUUGAAAUCAGGACCAUUGUGAACUUCUCAAGAGGCUUUGCUUUCGGUUAUUUGAAUGGCAAAAUCCAUAUUUAUGAAAGAGAAACCCCCAACAAAUUCAGAAAGAGAGGUGUAUUCAGAAUACCGGAUAGAACAAUCCGUAGAGAAUACGAAGAGGAACCAGAAGUUAUUACAACCGUCAAUACCAUCGCUAUAAAUCCAUCCGAGGACAGGUUGAUAGCCACUUGUGGAGAAAUGCAAACAUGGACUGGAAGAUUAUGGUCCCAUGAUGCCAAUGGCAGCGAAAUAAUAUUACGAGAUUUCGGUUACCCUAUGCACCUUGGUCCUAUUGGAAGUUUAGCCAUCUGUCGCUGGAAGCCGAUUGUGUUAACAUCCGGUAAGGAUUGUGAUUUUUCUACAAAAGUAAAAGUAUUACCAAAAAUUUUUGUUGCUCUCCCUCACUCUCCAUAUGAAUCAGCAAACUAA